AUGGUAGGAUGUACAGUCAUUAAAAGAGAUGAGUGUCUCAGACAUCAUUACAUUGAAAGUUAUGUUCUUCCAGCUUCACCAAGAAAUGUUCUUCAAGUCUUUGUAAACUCAAACAGAGACCAGGUCAUCAAAGGCAUUGCCUCUGCUUCAUCACAUGAAAGAGAAGAUUUAAAAGUCUACCUCUCUUCUUUGGAUUCUCUCUCAACUGCUGAACAAGACCUACUUUCCAUGUUACCUAUCUUCAGAAUGAUGUCUGGGAAACAUGUUGCAGUUAAAUCAAGACAAGCUGUUGUUUCAACCACCAAUCCAGCCAUUCCAAAUGAUCUGCCAAUGCCUGACACCAUUGUACAGUGUGCAAAUGAAGCUGAUCGCAGACUUUUGACUCUUCUAAAAAUUGAACUCUUGGAUGCAGCUAACGUGGCUGUUUAUUUGGUUGACUGCAUUAAAACAGGCUUUUUUCAAAAUGCUGAGGAACAGUCUAUAAUGACUUGGAUACUGAAUAAUGGUAGCAUUCUAUUCUCACAAAGUAAACAGCUGCUCAUAAAAAUGAAAAGUCUCAAUUUUAUCGAGGCAACACAGGGAGAACGCAAACAGGCCUCAGAUGUUUUUGAUCCAAGAAACAGGACAUUCCAGGACCUUUUUGAAACAGAUUUCUUUCCCCCACCUAUUUAUACAAAGACCCAGGAAAUGCUGCAGAGUUUGCAAUGCCUUGGCUUAAAGACGAACCAAAAGGAAAUAUCAACAACAAAUAUACUCCAAGUCAUAAAUCAUAUUGAAAAGCUUUGUGUUCACUCAUCGGACAAGGCAGUCCGAAAAGCAAAUACUCUUGUUCAAGUACUAAAUGAAAAUGAUUUUCUUUCAAAAUUCACCAAGGUGCAGAUAGGAGAGUUGAUGCAAAGGGAAGUGGGUGUCCUGUGA